AUGCCGGUGGUUUUUAGUGUUUUGUGGCUGCUUCAGCUGUUUCUGCUCGUGGAAUCUGUUGCUGGAGCUAAUUUCGCCAGGGGAGAGGAGCAACUGGAGGCUCUGCUGGACACCGAAACGCAGCUCAUCGAUGGGUUGCGUGAUUAUAUCGAGCGAUUGGAGCUUCAGCUGGAGGAGAUCCGAAGGGAGACCUCUGCCAUCGAGGAGAUCCACAGUCAAGUGGAUAGUGUGGAGGAGUACAUGGGUAAUCCACUAAAUGUCUUUGGAAUUCUCAAGAGGUUCGAGAGUGUGUGGCCCGGAUUGGAGCAGAAGGCGAAUGCCACUCUGGAGAUAGGGUUCGGAGAACGGUUGUCCAACAGGGAGUUAACCCUUCCCAGCGAGGAGGACUACGAGGAGUCCCUGAAUCAUCUGCUACAUCUGCAAUCCGUCUACGAAUUGGACUCGAACAGCCUCUCCUUGGGCGUGGUGAAUGGAUUCAAAUUGGGCUCCUCCAUGUCCUGGGGCGACUGCUUGGAAGUGGCUCGCAAGUCGGACUUUCCUGUGGCCAAGUUCUGGCUAGAAUCUGCUUUAGAGAAGCUGCCCUCCGCCUCCGAAAACUCCACGGAAUCGCAGAGGGAACGUGAAAGCGGACGUGUGCACAUCCUGGAGGCAACUCUCAACAUUGAAUACCGCGCUGGUGAGCUUUCCCGAGCCCUGGCAACUGCCGAGGAGCUCCUACUGCUGCUACCAAUGAACCAAGGCAUUCAAAAGGCCAAAAGAAAGAUUGAAAAAGCCAUGGCCAAGAACGAAUUGCCCAAGGGAAGGGGCCAAAAGUCGAAGCCAAAGAAGCAAAAAUCCAAAUCCACGGAGCAGCUGCUCAUUGAGGAGAUUUGUCGCGGAGCAACACAGGAAGUCUCAACAGGAAGUCGCUUCAACCAAUGCCAGUUGGAUGGAAGUUCGCCCUGGUUGCUCCUCCAGCCCUCCAGGUUGGAGCCCAUCAGUUCAGAUCCAUAUAUAGUUUUGCAUCACGAUGUAUUGACGCCGAAGGAAUCCGGUGAAUUGCUGGAGCUUAUAGAUGAGGAGGAUGCAAAAGGAGUUAGCUAUCAAUCGCUGAAGCUAUCCAAACUGGCACAAAAGAAGCUUGGAAGGAUUAGUCGUCUCCUGAGACUUGAGAGUGGGGACCUAGAUCCCUGGACCGGACGUCGCCAUGGUCACGAGCACAUUACCAAGUUGGAGGAUAGCUCGGAGUUGCAGCAUGUGGCACGUCUCAUGUUGAACUUGCAGGCACCCGGAAUGGGAGGAGCCGUGGUGUUUCCGCAGCUAGAACUCGGCGUGAAUGUCCCACGUGGCUCGCUGCUCCACUGGCGCACACGAUCCGCCGGAGGCUCGUCAUCCAAGUGGGACUACCGCAGUGGCCAGGCCAUCUGUCCCGUGCUCCUGGGCGUCCAGUUGUGUAAGUUGCGGCGUGGAUGGAUUUCGCUUGCGUGCCGGGAUUCAGUUUGCGGCCCAGUCGCACUUACCACAUCCCAAAACAAGCUGUCAUCGCUUGUCAGUCGAACGUGCUGCGAGAUACCCUGUGGGGGGUAUAUUAGUUCUCCAUAAAAUAUUCGUACAAAAAUAUUUUAAUCGUCGUUGAAAGUAAUAUGAAUCUUUUCAUUGCUCACUCUUUCCAAG